CAGUUGUUGUCUCUCUCUCUCUCUCUCUCUCUCUCUCUCUCUCUCUCUCUCUUUUCUAAGCAGGUGGACACAAUGAACUCCUGCAACGAUACCACCAUGUCGGACAGCCAAAGAGCUUCCUCUGGUAUCAGUGGCUUCUUCUCGCUGUUGCCGGAGAUCCAAACUUUUGAGCUGUUUCUGGCUGUGUCCAUCUUCAUAACCAUUCACUCACUCAGGCAAGGGAAGCGUCAGGGCCUCGCGGUGUGGCCGGUGGUCGGCAUGCUCCCGUCUCUGCUCCUCGGCAUCCGCAACGACAUGUACGAGUGGGUCACCGGCGUGAUCGAGCGGCAGGGGGGCACGUUCACUUUCCGUGGCCCGUGGUUCACCAACCUCCACUGCGUCGUGACGGCCGACCCCCGCAACCUCGAGCACCUCCUCAAGACCAAGUUCUCCAGCUUCCCCAAGGGCGAGUACUUCCGCGGCACCGUGCGCGACUUCCUCGGCGACGGCAUCUUCAGCGCCGACGACGAGACCUGGCGAAAGCAGCGCAAGACGGCGAGCCUGGAGUUCCACUCCGCCGAGUUCCGGGCCAUGACCGCCCGGUCCCUCGUCGAGCUCGUCCACUCGAGGCUGCUCCCGGUGCUCGAGGCAGCCCACGACGGCCGCGCGCAGAUCGACCUCCAGGACGUGCUCCUGAGGCUCACGUUCGACAACGUGUGCAUGAUCGCCUUCGGAAUCGACCCGGGCUGCCUCCGUCCGGGCCAGCCGGAGAUUCCGUUCGCCAAAGCCUUCGAGGACGCGACGGAGGCCACCAUCAUACGCUUCAUCACGCCCACCGCCAUCUGGAAAGCACUGCGCUACCUCGACCUCGGGAGCGAGAGAUGGCUCAGGCGGUCGCUGAAGCGGGUCGACGAGUUCGCCUACGACGUCAUAAGAACAAGGAAGAAGGAGCUAUCGUUGGAGUCUGGCGACAAGAACAGUACGGCGAGAACCGACCUCCUGACCGUGUUCACUAGGCUCAAAGACGAGGACGGGAAAGGCUUCUCCGACAAGUUUCUGAGAGACGUCUGCGUCAACUUCAUACUCGCCGGCCGCGACACCUCGUCGGUGGCGUUGGCCUGGUUCUUCUAUCUUCUCGACAAACACCCGGAAGUAGAGGAGAAGAUUCUUGGGGAAAUCAACACGAUAGUGAAGGAAAGAGGAUCAAGAAAUGACGGCGAGGGAGCAGAGGGCGAAGAACUAGUGUUCAGGCCAGAGGAGGUGAAGAAGAUGGAGUAUCUGCAAGCGGCGCUGUCAGAAGCUCUCAGACUGUAUCCUUCGGUGCCAGUGGACCACAAGGAGGUUGUGGAGGACGAAGUGUUCCCAGAUGGCACGGCACUGAAGAAGGGAACCAAGGUCGUGUACGCCAUCUUCUCCAUGGGAAGGAUGGAAAGCAUAUGGGGGAAGGACUGCAGGGACUACAAACCAGAGAGGUGGCUAAAGGACGGCCGCUUCAUGAGCGAGUCCGCGUACAAGUUCACGGCCUUCAACGGCGGUCCGAGGCUGUGCCUGGGGAAAGACUUCGCGUACUACCAGAUGAAGUUUGUGGCAGCUUCGAUCCUCCGCCGCUACCAUGUGAGGGUUGCAGAGGGCCACCCGGUGGCGCCCAAGAUGGCGCUGACCAUGUACAUGAAGUAUGGAUUGAAGGUCACACUCUGCAGAAGGGACGAGAUGUGAGCCCUGAGAAGAAGUAGCGACGAGGAACCCCCAAGGUUUUCAUGGAUCAUAAUAAUGAACGUUGUCUAAAGCAGUAGUAGCGGAAGACAGUAUGUUUCUUUAUAUUAGAUUUUUCUUUGUUUUGUAUUAUGCAUGGGAGAGUUGAGUGAUGUAUUAUUAAGGUCAUAUACUUGAUAUAAUCGAGUGUUUCAUUUCCAUCACCAAAAAAUA